UGAUUUUCUUAUGAGGCACGUCAAAAACCCAGCAACAGGAAAAUGUAAUUUUCUUGUGACAGCUGACGGAAGAGUCGUCAAGAUUCCGAGAAAGAUUUUCAGCGAGUGUUUCUACAUGAUGGCGAUGUGUGAACUAGCAAGGGCCACAAAGGAUGACAAGUACAAGCAAGAAGCCAUCAAAAUGAUGGACCAGCUCCAGUAUUUGGUCUGCGUGGAUGACACAGGAAUAGGGCGCCCCCAGGCACGCACAAACAUGCUGUCUGAGGGCAUGAUUUUCCUUGAUUUAGUGGAGCAGUUGACGGCUGACGACGCCACGCUGCAGGAAAAGUAUGCCCAGCUGGAGGAGUGGAGCAUUAAACAGUCUCUUCAACACAUUCAGAGAGAUGGAUCUGCUAUCUUAGAGACAGUUAGUGUUGAUGGCAAAGAGCUUCCAGGAUCUGCAGGGAGAUUGACAAAUCCAGGUCACGCCAUAGAAACUGGCUGGUUCCUUCUAAGGUGUGCAAGGAAAUACAGCAACAUUGGCUUGACAAAGCUGGCCCUUGACAAGUUCAUCACUAAACCCUUCCAGUCCGGCUGGGAUCUGGAUAAUGGGGGUCUGUGCUCGUUCUUAGACGUAGAUGGUUUGUCGCCAACUCAACUAGAGUGGAGUAUGAAGCUGUGGUGGCCACACUGUGAAGCACUGAUUGCGUUUAUUAUGGCAUACCAGGAAACAAAGGAGGACAGAUUUCUUGACAUGUUUGAAAAAGUCUUCGAUUAUACGUUUUCAAAGUUUAUUGACCCUGAUAAUGGCAAGUGGUUUGGAUAUCUUAGUCAAGAAGGAAACGUCACCCUUGACUUCAAAGGUGGACCCUACAAAGGGUGUUAUCACGUUCCCCGCUGCCUCCUCAUGUGCACACAGAUCCUAAAGACUAUACUUCAAGGAAACUGAUGCAGACAGAGUGGUAGGUCAACGAUCAUGUGAUAUGGAUACAUCUUGGAUCAGUUGAAGAAAAUCCAGAGAUGCAGAAGUAAACUGCAGAGAUAAGGAAGGCAAACCUCAUGCAUUGGGAGAGGCUGUAAUAAUUAUGAGUUCUGUUGCCA